AUGGCGGAAACACCAUCAUCCAUCGAGUUGAAGACAACUCCGCAGCACAUCUCCACCGAUACAGUCAAUGUUCCAAAGCAAGACUCCGGCCCAACUCCCGCCGAGAGCAAUUACAAUUCGGAUCGAGCAGCUAUUUCUGGAGAUGAUGAGUCCCCUCCAGAUGGCACAACCGAGUUUUCGCUGCCGCCUGUUGACAGAGGGAAAGAUGCGUGGCUUUUCUUGGCAGCGUGUUUCGUUCUGGAGGCGUUAGUAUGGGGCUUCCCAUUUGCGUUUGGUGUGUUUCAAGACUAUUAUCGCACACACGAGCCCUUUGCCGGGUCAUCCAAGAUUGCUGUCAUUGGAACCACGGCAAUGGGCAUCAUGUAUCUCGAUAUUCCCAUCAUCUUGGGCCUCCAGCGGAUGUACCCGAAACCGACUCGCCAUGCGCCUGCCGUCGGCCUUUUUAUCUUAUGUCUCGCUCUCGCCAUCUCUUCCUUUUCUCAAAACGUCACGCACCUUAUCUUGACCCAGGGGGUCUUAUAUGCUAUUGGCGGCUCUAUUUGCUACUGCCCCUGUAUCUUAUACAUUGACGAAUGGUUUGUUAAACGCAAAGGAAUGGCCUAUGGCACUAUGUGGGCGGGCAGCGGUCUUGGUGGUUUUACCAUUCCCCUUCUUUUGGAGUUUUUCCUCAACAAGUACGGGUUCAGAACUACACUACGGAUAUGGUCUCUCAGCAUUUUUGUCUUAUCUGCACCCCUGAUCUUGUUCAUCAAGCCACGGGUGCCUGCUUCCGGCACACACCUCAACCCUUUUAACCUCAAGUUCUUGUUAACCCCUUCGUUCGGCUUGUUCCAGCUCGCGAAUAUUGUCGAAGGCAUCGGUUACUUCCUUCCGGGCAUCUAUCUGCCGACAUAUGCUCGUGCUGCUCUUGGUGCUGGUGACUUCCCAUCGGCUCUGACGCUUUUGGUCUUGAAUGUUGGCGCCGUCGUAGGGUGCAUCAUCAUGGGCAGCUUGACUGAUCGUCUCCAUGUGACGACUUGCAUUGCAAUCUCGACCAUUGGCACGGCAAUCGGCACCUUCUUCCUCUGGGGUCUUGGCACCAACAUGGCGUCUCUUUACGUGUUCUGCGUCAUAUAUGGUCUGUUUGCAGGCUCUUAUACGUCAACUUGGCCUGGAGUCAUGCGGUAUGUGGUGUCAAAACUGAGCGGAUCAGGAGAAGAGAGCAAUGGAAGCGGUGGUAGUUAUGAUCCCCUCAUGAUAUUCGGCGUGCUUUCCGCUGGACGUGGCAUUGGCAACGUCAUCUCGGGACCGCUGAGCGAGGCACUGAUCAAAGGAAUGCCAUGGCAGGGCCAAGCCGCUGCUGGGUACGGGAGCGGAUACGGGACACUGAUAGCUUUUACAGGGGCAACGGCUGUUGUUGGCGGUGGCAGCUACAUGUUUAAGAGAAUUGGGUGGCUGUAG